AUGGCUUGUGCCCCUGCCGAGAAGUGCCGGAACGCUGCAAUGUUCCAUUUCUUUCGCAUUCUCAUGCGUGCUUCCUUUGCGGUUGCGGUCACAGACCUUCCGGAGUUCCGAGAACCCUGCAAGCCCCGUGUGGUGCUGAAGGCUCUACAGCACCUUCGCGGUUUUGACCUGACCUCGGCUACCCUUUGUGAUGACUGUGACCAGACUUUGCCGCGCAAUGACUCAGACGUGCUUGUAGCUCUCCAUGACAUUUGCUGUGGUUGCUUUUCUGGCUAUACCGCCCUCUUGGCAAACUUGCACGCCCACAUGUUGAGUUUGAAGGCAGAUCUGCAAACAGACUACCACAAGCUGUUAAAUGUCACUGAGACCAUAUGGAACCACCGUGUCAAACUGCGUCGUGGGCCUGGCUACGGGAAAGCUCGAAGGGCUUUGCACGAACUGUUUGGGGGCGCUCAGACGAGGCUGUGGCACACCGGGCAUAUAGCACUCAGCAUCAUCGACGGAUCAGCCACUGCAUACUCGCCCAGUACUGUUGCACUUGACAUUUACCUCCACUUCAAACGGGCAGAAACUGAACCUGCCUACGAUCUGCUGGUGCAAAGCCAAAACCUUUGCUUGCCAAAUGUGUUUCAAAGCAAGUGUGAGCAGAAGCAUUUACCCAUCUUCGAAAACUUUCCAGCUGUGGCCGGGCCGGGCCAAGAAGGCUUCAUGCUAGACUUCCUCGGUGUGUCGAUGCCCAUCCACGUCGACUGCGAGCACUCCUCACUUCACUUGUUUGCGCCAGGCAGAUCCAUGCCAUGUGAGUAUCUGAAGUCAGGGAAAACUCUUCCCCGGACAUGGCCGAUGCUCGAUGAAGAGUAUUUGGAGUGGGCGGACAGCCUGACCGUUGCUUUCCGAGCAGCAAAAGCUGCUCGCCCAUUCCGAAUGGCAGAGCUGGGCAGUGGGGCCUUUGGAAUUUGGGCGAUGCGUGCAGCAAAGGCCUUUGCGAAAUUUGCAGCGCCCGACGUCCCCUGCAUGCUGUUGCUUGUGGAACCUUUUGCAAUGGGAGAUGGAUCUGAGUUGCAGACACAUGUGGCAAUGAACUUACCGCCUGGGCGCUGUGAGUUCGCAGUGCACACUGAUCUUCUGGAAACUGGAGCACAGCUGAAGACUUUGCUAGGCAAUACAGAAACCUGGGACCUGGUUGACAUUGACAUCGAAGGCGCCGAGAUGACCUUGCUGCCGGACAUGUUCAGCUGGUUGUCCAUGCGAGUUCGGAGGUUGCACAUUUCGACACAUUCUCGAGAGAUUCAUUGGACGCUCCUAGAGUUGAUGCAACGCAGCUGGCAUGUUGCAGCGCACUACCCAACGCAGACUGCGAUCGGCCUCCGAGACCUGGGUUUGGGGGAGUUCAUGACAAUGGACGGCCACAUCAGUGCCGUGACGCGCUCCCCGCUCCUCGCCGGGCCUCCCGGAUGGUCAUGA